UAUCCUGCUGACAGCUACAGGGACACAAACACAGAAAAUGCUGCUUGGAGACGAGUGUCCACGAUAGUAGGAUUGCCAGGUCAGUUUAGUAGUGAGCUUGUGCUAGAUGUGGCUAGUUAGCUAGCUUGCUAACCUAGCUAGCUAGCUUGCUGACCUAGCCAAUGAGGUGCGUGUGUGUGUGUGUGUGUGUGAAAGACAAAUUGUAAUAUAAAUUAUGCUAGUUACUACCCCUGAUAACUUGGCCAAAUAAUCAUGUUUGAAAGAGUGUGAGUGUGUAUGUGAGAGUGUAUGUGAGUGUAAAUGUCAGAUAAAUAGUAAUAGAAAUGAUGCUAGAUACUACCCCUGAUAAUUUGGUCAGAUAACCGUGUCUGUGUGUACAGUAGGUGACAUGUCCAUGAUAGCUAUCUAAUCACUAUAGUUAUGCUAGGUGAUGGUUUGGCUUAUCAUGUUCACGUCUAUGUAGAAGAAGACUGUAGGAGGAAGUGGAGAGGACCUUGGCGCUUCUGCCACAUUCUUUCUUUUCUGGAUCCAUUUAUUGUGCCUUGGGCAACGAGUGGCAAUUUUACAGCCAGACCCUCUACGUCAUCCACAAGUGUGGGUGCCACCGGUGCAUCAAGACCCUCUAUGUCAUCCACAACUGUGGGUGCCACCGGUGCAUCAAGACCCUCUAUGUCAUCCACAACUGUGGGUGCCACCGGUGCAUCAAGACCCUCUAUGUCAUCCACAAGUGUGGGUGCCACCGGUGCAUCAAGACCCUCUAUGUCAUCCACAAGUGUGGGUGCCACCGGUGCAUCAAGACCCUCUAUGUCAUCCACAACUGUGGGUGCCACCGGUGCAGCGAGACCCUCUACGUCAUCCACAAGUGUGACUACCGUCUCCACCGGUGCAUCAAGACCCUCUACGUCAUCCACAAGUGUGACCACCUUCUCCACCGGUGCAUCAAGACCCUCUACGUCAUCCACAAGUGUGACCACCGUCUCCACCGGUGCAUCAAGACCCUCUACGUCAUCCACAAGUGUGACCACCGUCUCCACCGGUGCAUCAAGACCCUCUACGUCAUCCACAAGUGUGACCACCAUCUCCAGCGGUGCAUCAAGACCCUCUACGUCAUCCACAAGUGUGACCACCGUCUCCAGCGGUGCAUCAAGACCCUCUACGUCAUCCACAAGUGUGACCACCGUCUCCAGCGGUGCAUCAAGACCCUCUACGUCAUCCACAAGUGUGACCACCGUCUCCACCGGUGCAUCAAGACCCUCUACGUCAUCCAAAAGUGUGACCACCGUCUCCACCGGUGCAUCAAGACCCUCUACGUCAUCCACAAGUGUGACCACCGUCUCCACCGGUGCAUCAAGACCCUCUACGUCAUCCACAAGUGUGACUACCGUCUCCACCGGUGCAUCAAGACCCUCUACGUCAUCCACAAGUGUGACCACCGUCUCCACCGGUGCAUCAAGACCCUCUACGUCAUCCACAAGUGUGACCACCGUCUCCAGCGGUGCAUCAAGACCCUCUAUGUCAUCCACAAGUGUGACUACCGUCUCCACCGGUGCAUCAAGACCCUCUACGUCAUCCACAAGUGUGACCACCGUCUCCACCGGUGCAUCAAGACCCUCUACGUCAUCCACAAGUGUGACCACCGUCUCCACCGGUGCAUCAAGACCCUCUACGUCAUCCACAAGUGUGACCACCGUCUCCAGCGGUGCAUCAAGACCCUCUACGUAAUCCACAAGUGUGACUACCGUCUCCACCGGUGCAUCAAGACCCUCUACGUCAUCCACAAGUGUGACCACCGUCUCCACCGGUGCAUCAAGACCCUCUACGUCAUCCACAAGUGUGACCACCGUCUCCACCGGUGCAUCAAGACCCUCUACGUCAUCCACAAGUGUGACCACCGUCUCCACCGGUGCAUCAAGACCCUCUACGUCAUCCACAAGUGUGACCACCGUCUCCAGCGGUGCAGCGAGACCCUCUACGUCAUCCACAAGUGUGACCACCGUCUCCAGCGGUGCAGCGAGACCCUCUACGUCAUCCACAAGUGUGUCUACCGUCUCCACCGGUGCAUCAAGACCCUCUACGUCAUCCACAAGUGUGACCACCGUCUCCAGCGGUGCAGCGAGACCCUCUACGUCAUCCACAAGUGUGACUACCGUCUCCACCGGUGCAUCAAGACCCUCUAUGUCAUCCACAAGUGUGACCACCGUCUCCAGCGGUGCAGCGAGACCCUCUACGUCAUCCACAAGUGUGACCACCAUCUCCAGCGGUGCAGCGAGACCCUCUACGUCAUCCACAAGUGUGACCACCGUCUCCAGCGGUGCAGCGAGACCCUCUACGUCAUCCACAAGUGUGACUACCGUCUCCACCGGUGCAUCAAGACCCUCUACGUCAUCCACAAGUGUGACCACCGUCUCCAGCGGUGCAGCGAGACCCUCUACGUCAUCCACAAGUGUGACCACCGUCUCCAGCGGUGCAGCGAGACCCUCUGUCAUCUACUAGUGUGA